CGGUGGCCGAGGGCUGGCGUUGGGGCGCGCGCGGUGUGUGCGCCGAUCCGUUCGUCAGCCGACCCACAAUUGAAGCUUCCAAGCACCAGGAUGCAUCCUGACCAUGCUGUGUUUCGAUGAGUCGAGUGGAUUGGCUGGGACUCCAGUGUAGCUGGAAUGGAGCAUGGCUGUACGACUGGAUGGAUUGACCUUCGAAAGAGCAUCUGUGGACGCUGUGCUACCUCCCAUCCAGGGGAUUUCCCAGCAGACUAGUAGGAGCAAGCGGGCCAUGCUGGUGGAUACCGUCACCGCCAUUGCCAUCCCAUCCACUAGCUCCGAAACACGCCAUGAGGACUCUGCUCGUAGUUGCCGCCGUCCUCUCGGCAAAUUUCGUAUCAAGUAUUCGUUUUGUUGCACAGCAGCUUGAGACGGCUCCACGCCUGUGAUUAUCUAGCUCGUCUCGUCAUUACACUGGGACAAGAUGCUACCUUGACGAGGUGGGUUGCGUCAAGAGCUGGGAGUGUCAAUGUCCAUCGACGUGAAAGAGCCAAAGCGAGUGGAUCGCGGCGGACCGGUACCUGAAUUCGAGCUCCAUCAGGAAGAUCAUUUCGUGGUCGAAGUAGUACUACUGCGUGACUCUGUUCACAAAUCAAACCAUCGGGCGUCUUCAGCCUAUCCGUCUCGAGCGUUCAUGUCGAUGGUUCACGAGGAGCUGACACGUUGUCGACGUCUGCGACAUCCGCUGGCGGAACAAACGGCUGCAAGGCAACCCAUCCAUGUGAGAUCAGAGCUCCCUGCUGGAAGUCUGGGCAGUGUCCGUUGGUUCGUUGAAUGCAGGGUGAAGGACCGCAUCUGCAUCCGUCGAGUACAUGACGCCACGCUGGGGGGACAACCUCCAACCUAGUUGUGGCACCAUCGUCAAACUUACAUUUCGUUCAACAUUGUUCCAAGAUUCAUGCCCAUAACGGUCGCAGGAUGUAGUAGCUCAUAAGCGCCUCGACCUGGGCCGCCGAAAUCGCGCUGGGCAUGUUGAGCAGGACGACCGUGGCCACGAGCACUUAUCACCCGCCUGGGAGCUAGCCAGACAGCAUCGGCAAGGGGCGGCAUCCCGCCGUGGAGUCGAUCGACGCGAGUCAGUCGCAGAAAAUUCCAGGCGUGUACUUGAAGCAACACACUCGACAGCUCGACGAUCAAAACACCAUGCCAAGAAACCCAUGGACCGUCGGCUGUGGGCGCACGCGGCGCUCCCACGGGACGUACACGACCAACAUGUCGAACACGUGGAGUGUAAAGCGAGGUCCUUGUGGAUUGUUCCUACGAUGAAGGAACGAGCAGUCCGGUUUGGGAAAGAGCGCGUCGAAUCCAACAUGCCGCGGAAGCCCCUUUCAAGUCGUUGCAAAAGCACAGGCAUGUGCAUGCGAGCACGACGGUGUGGACCGUCGCAGACCACCGGAGAAGCAGCCUCUCCAACGCAAACUACGAUGGAUUACCAUCGAUUCAAGGUCUCCAUCGACUCGAGCUUGAUCAUCGUACCAUCGGGAUGUAGAUCGUGAUCGAAUGCUGUCGAUAGAGGCAGUCAGAUCCAAAUGUUCGGAUUCAAUCCAGCAGAGGCAGCUGCAGAUGACGCACCGCGCGCGGGCUGCAGCGCCACCGUUGCGUCAUACCUCAAGACGAGAAUGGCAGCGAAGAUCGAAAACCGGAAUGACGUGUUGGUUGCUUGCGCGACUUGCACGUGUUUACCUGGCCAAGACGUCGGUUGCUCAGGUUCUCAGUGGAAGAAGGCCUCACUCGAAAGGACCGCAGACUGUGACGCAUGUCAGCAGGAGUAGAUACAUGAACAACUGCUGAAUGCAGUGCUCUUCCCA